AUGGUGCGACCGAGGCGCUCAUCCGCUGCAAGUGACGAAAGUGCCAGUACGACCAGAGAUCAGGACCAAGUGGAAGCGGCAACAGGCACUGAACGAUUUCGAUCUGUAUCGCGCUCUUAUUAUCGUGGCGCUGCAGGUGCAGUCUUAUGUUACGAUAUCACAAACCAUAAUUCCUUUACUGGACUUCCUACCUUUCUCAACGACGCCCGAGCGCUGGCUUCCCCAAACCUUACACUACUACUUGUGGGUAAUAAGACAGAUCUUUCUGAGUCGAAUGGGGAUUUAAUAGAUACAUCUGUACCACCGGAAACACCAUCCAGCAUGAACAGCAAAAACUCCUCAUUUCCAUAUACUGCCGGGGGAUCUGUGAAUUCGAGUUCGGGAUAUAUAGGGAUAGGAUCACAGUUGAAAGCAAGUGUAGCGCCAGACGGACGAGAAGUUAGUGCGGAAGAAGCAUCAAGAUGGGCUAGUUCUGCGAAUAUACCAGUUUCGGUUGAGGUUUCUGCGUUAUCCGGAGAUAAUGUCGAGGAGGUUUUUAAUAGGCUGGCGAGGAUGAUAUUGACGAAGAUAGAAUUGGGAGAAAUUGAUCCGGAUGAUCCGAUGAGUGGAAUACAAUAUGGGGAUGGAGGAAGAUGGGAUACAAAUGCUAGUGAUGGGGCUAGUGUGAAGAGUGGAAUGACGAUUGAGGAUGGGAAUGGAAGGAGGAGAAGGAAGGGGAAAAGAGGGCAAAAUUGGGGACUUGGAGGGAUGAGGGAGUGGGAGGAGUUCAUGUAUCUUGAGUGGUCAAGGCUCAUACUGUGGUCAGUGGCAGGUAUCGUAGGGACAGCACAAGACGUGAAUGGCGGCAAUAAUGACGAUCUGUUUCGCGCUAGCCCCAGGUGUCAUUGGAAAGAUGUUAUCUACAUCAGCGAAAGACGGGGGCUUAUGCGUGUAAUUCUUCUUUCCACGACUCUCUUGAACCUUCUUUGCUCAUAUCAUGGAAGUCCUGAUAUCGUUGAGGUCGUAAGACGAUAUUAUAUGUCUAGGAUAUAA